AUGGAAAUUAAGGCAUCGGAGGAUGGUCAGCAACAAACCCCACAGGCUUCCGACUCACAAGUGGAGGUGAAAACUGAAAAUGAAAAGAAACAAGAGAAGCCAACAACGGUAAGGAAAAGAAAGAAGAAGUUAGAAAUUGCCUGUGUUUACUGUCGUCGGUCACAUAUGAUUUGUGACGAAUCUCGACCUUGUCAACGAUGUAUCAAAAGAGGAAUUCUGCAUCUAUGCUACGAUGAGCCAUCAAAUCCACGACAGCGCAAAAAGGCAGCUUCUUUACGAAAGUCGACCAGUGAUGAUUCUUCAAUAUCUCCCCCUGCUCAACUGCAACAACAACAACAACAGCAUGACCAGAUCCUAUCUCAACCUCAACAUUCACAACAACAACAACAACAACAACAGCACCAGCAGCACCAGCAGCAAUUGCAUCUGGUAUUGCCGGUGCAACACGCUCAGUCUGGUGAGCAACAUCCAGACCUAGCGCAAUCUUCACAGGCAACGUCAAUGCCUGUGACGGCUCAACCACAACCACUACACCAGCAAAUCAGCCAAUCAAAUGUUAGCCAACCAAAGACAAUAAAAAACUCAGUACUUUCACAAACUUUUGCUUUCAAUCAGGAACCUUUGUUUUAUUCGGAACAUGCUGGGAGUGAGUUUAGUUCAUUGAAUGACUUUCUUUCCAUGAUUGAUGAUCCAGAAUUAGUGAAUGGAGCACUAAAUGAUGAUCCAAAUGGAAUAUUGAAUUUCGGUAUCGGCAAUUCAUUCAAUGUUGGAGGUGGAAACAGCAACACAAACCUCAACAAUGUGCUAGCUUUUUCACCCAAUACAAAUAUGUUUGGACCUACUUUUCCGUCAAAUGAUGACUACCAGCAUGACAACAACUCUGGCAGUACUGGUACCAAUACCAAUGGUAUUAGCACAACUGGAGGACAAUUACAACAAAACCUGCUGCUACUGCUGCUGCUGCUACCGCAACCGCAACUGCAACUGCAACUGCAACUGCAACAACAUUUUCAACACCACCAACUGCAACCGCAACAUCUAUUGACUGCUCAAACGAAUGCGGCACCUCCGCAAUCCCCUAAACCUGAACACCCUCCCAUCAUUUCAGACUCGGCUCGAGACAAGUUUUUCCUCACUGCUGCAGACCCCACAACAGAAAUCUCGCCAGAAGAGCGAUUAAAACAAGUUAUUAAGGCUAAAUUGGAGGCCGGUUUAUUACAACCGUACAAUUAUGCAAAAGGGUAUGCCAGAUUGCAAAGAUAUAUGGAUAAUUACAUGAACAUUUCGAGUCGGCAAAGAAUAUUAAAACCAUUGUCAAUUUUCAGACCUGCGUUUCGUGCGAUAGCCAGAACUUUGAAGGAUGUGGACUUGGUCCUUGUUGAGGAGAGCUUUGAAAGGAUGUUGUUGGAUUAUGAUCGUGUUUUUACUUCAAUGGCCAUUCCAGCAUGUUUGUGGCGCAGAACUGGGGAAAUUUAUCGUGGAAAUAAGGAGUUUGCAUCGUUGGUUGGGGUGACAACUGAUGAUUUAAAAGAUGGCAAAUUAGCAAUCUACGAAUUAAUGAGUGAAGAGAGUGCAGUGAAUUUCUGGGAAAAAUAUGGGGCUAUUGCUUUCGAUAAGGGCCAAAAGGCUGUUUUGACUAGUUGCAACUUGAGAACAAAAGAUGGUAUAAAGAGAAAAAGCUGCUGUUUUAGUUUCACAAUAAGACGUGAUCGAUACAACAUCCCUAGUUGCAUUGUGGGGAAUUUUAUACCUAUUGAUCCUUAG